CAGCUUCAGAUUCCCGGUGGAAAAGCAUUGCCCCCCUUUUCAUCCAAAACAGCGGCCUUUUUCCUCCUCCUCCUCUCUUCUCGCCCCCGAGAUCUGAAUUCCUCUCUCCUUCUCCAGAUCUUCAGCCCCCCUCCCCUGGGUUUUCAUGGAGUCGAUCAUCGCUAGGGCACUGGAGUAUACGCUCAAGUAUUGGCUAAAAUCCUUCUCUCGCGACCAGUUCAAGCUCCAGGGCCGCACCGCCCAGCUUUCAAAUUUAGAUAUUAAUGGGGAUGUUUUGCACGCGAGUCUUGGAUUGCCGCCGGCUUUGAAUGUCGCUACUGCGAGGGUUGGGAAGCUGGAGAUCACGCUGCCUUCAGUAUCUUACGUGCAAGUGGAGCCAAUUGUGGUGCAAAUUGAUAAGCUUGAUCUCGUUCUCGAGGAGAAUGUGGAUUCUGAGAAUUCUAGGAGCUCGAGCAGUGCCCAAUCCUCAACGAGUUCAUCGAAGGGGAGCGGAUAUGGAUUUGCCGAUAAGAUUGCAGAUGGAAUGACUAUAGAAGUUGGCAUUGUCAAUCUUAUGCUUGAAACAAGGGGAGGUGCUGGGCGUCAGGGAGGUGCUAUUUGGGCGCCACCUUUAGCAUCAAUUACAAUGCGAAAUCUGUUAUUAUACACUACUAAUGAGAGCUGGCAGGUUGUCAACCUCAAAGAAGCAAGGGACUUCUCCAAUAAUAAAAAGUUCAUCUAUGUCUUUAAGAAACUUGAAUGGGGUUCAUUAUCAGUUGAUCUGUUACCUCAUCCUGAUAUGUUCACAGAUGCUUGCUUGGGCUUCUCAAACAAUGGAAGGACCAAGCAUGAUGAUGAUGGUGCAAAACGACUCUUUUUUGGGGGUGAAAGAUUUCUGGAGGGAAUAUCUGGACAAGCUUAUAUCACAGUGCAAAGGACAGAAUAUAAUGCUCCACUAGGACUUGAGGUUCGAUUACAUGUGACAGAGGCUGUCUGCCCUGCUUUAAGUGAGCCAGGUUUGCGUGCUCUUCUUCGGUUCUUGACAGGACUGUAUGUUUGCCUAAACAGGGGAGAUGUUGAUCCAAAGUGCUCCACAGAAGCCGCGGGACGUUCUGUUGUUUCUAUUAUUAUAGACCACAUUUUUUUCUGCAUCAAAGAUGCUGAUUUCCGGCUUGAACUUUUGAUGCAAUCACUUUUCUUUUCUCGGUCAAGUGCCUCUGAUGGAGAAGAUGCAAAGAACUUGUCCCGCAUCAUGGUUGGUGGGCUCUUUCUGAGGGACACAUUUUCACAUCCUCCAUGCACCUUAAUACAGCCAUCAAUGCAAGCUGUUCCUGUGGAAUCUUUGCAAGUCCCAGAAUUUGGUGAGAAUUUUUGUCCUCCAAUCUAUCCUCUAGGAGAGGAACUAUGGCAACUUAACAUGGGUGUUCCUUUGAUUUGCCUCCACUCUCUUCAAAUAAAACCUUCACCUGCUCCUCCAUCUUUUGCUUCACAGACAGUCAUUGACUGCCAACCCCUUAUGAUUAGUCUUCAGGAGGAAUCUUGUUUCAGGAUCUCCUCAUUCUUAGCUGAUGGAAUUGUGGUCAACCCUGGUGCUGUUUUACCUGACUUCUCAGUCAACUCAUUCAUAUUCAAUCUAAAAGAGUUUGAUCUCUUUGUUCCUAUUGAUGCUGGGAAAAAUGCUGAUCUUGUGGGGAGCGGAAACAACUAUUCAUCAUCUCAAUUUUAUGGAGCAAGACUUCAUGUUGAGGAUCUCUAUUUUGCACAAUCCCCAUCAAUUAAAUGCAAAUUACUAAAUCUUGAGAAAGAUCCUGCUUGUUUUAGUCUAUGGGAAUAUCAACCCAUUGAUGCCAGUCAGAGGAAAUGGACCACUCAAGCUUCACAUCUUAGUCUUUCACUUGAAACUUCCUCUGGUUUAGAAAUGCAAAAAUCCUCAAUGGACUGGUCUGCGGGAUUGUGGCGAUGUAUUGAACUGCAAGAGAUCUGCUUUGAGGCAGCUAUGGUCACUGCUGAUGGAAAUCCUUUGUUAGAUGUGCCCCCUCCAGAAGGUAUUGUCCGGAUUGGUGUUGCUUGCCAGCAGUUUUCUUCUAAUGCUUCGGUCGAGCAGCUUUUCUUUGUUCUGGAUAUCUAUGACUACUUUGGUAGAGUUACUGAAAAAAUAAGAAAAGCUGGCAAAAGUAAAACUAACAGACAUAAAAUCAAGGAGUCCAUAGGUCAGAAGUUAAUGAAAAAGAUUCCCAGUGAUACAGCAGUAAGUUUGUCUGUAAAUAAGCUACAUCUUAGAUUUUUGGAGUCUUCUUCAACGAUUGGUCAAGAGGUGCCACUAGUUCAUUUUGCCGGAGGUGAUCUCUUUCUAAAAGUUUCACACCGUACCUUGGGUGGUGCUUUUGCAGUUUCAACCACUUUACGCUGGGAAUAUGUUCACAUUGACUGUGUAGAUGGUGAGAGGUUGUCUUUUCAUAUAAAUGGCACAGAUGCAUUUGGUGUGCAGAAUCUGGCGGCUGCUGAAAAUGGGCAUCCUCAAAUGAGAGCCAUCUUUUGGAUUGAUAACCCAAGGAAGAACAAGCUGGGGCCAGAUCCAUUUCUUGAUAUAACCACGGUGCAUGUGAUGCCAUACAAUGUGCAGGAUGUGGAGUGCCAUAGUUUAAAUAUCUCUGCAAAGAUUGCCGGGGUACGCCUUGGUGGUGGAAUGAAUUACACGGAGUCUUUGCUUCAUCAAUUUGGCAUACUUGGGCCAGAUGGUGGUCCUGGAGAUGGACUUUCCAAAGGCUUAAAAAAAUUAUCUUCUGGACCACUUGCAAAGCUUUUUAGAACGUCAUCACUCAUGGAAGCUGAAACAGAAGAUAAUGGAAGCUUUGAAGGUUCUGGGAUGUUAAAGUUGGGGAUGCCUGAUGAUGUUGAUGUAUCUUUUGAAUUAAAAGAUUGGUUAUUUGCUCUUGAAGGUACUGGGGAAAUGAGAGAUGGGUUGUUGCCCGUCAAUGGAAAUGAUUUCAGUAGAGAAGAAAAGUGUUGGCAUACAACAUUUAAAAGUUUGAAAGUUAAAGCUAAGAACAGCCAAAUGUCCAAUAUGAAUGGAGGAAGGUUGUGCAAAACACGAAAGUAUCCUGUAGAGUCAAUUAUGAUAGGCAUUGAGGGUCUGCAGGCAUUAAAACCUUGUUCUAAGAACGGUACUCAAAAAGCAGACAUGAAAGAAAAUUAUCAUGCUAAUAAACAUGCAAUGGGUGUGGAAACUACUGGUGGUGAAGGCGUAGAUGUUGAAGCAUGCCUAGUUAUAUCUGAUGAAGAAAACCACGAAGAGACCAGUUGGGUCAUAGAGAACAUAAGGUUCAUAGUCAGGAAGCCAAUCGAGGCAGUUGUGACAAAAGAGGAAUUGGAGCACCUUGUUCUUCUUUGCAAGUCUGAAGUUGAUUCCAUGGGUAGGAUUACUGCAGGUUUUUUGCGUUUGCUGAAGCUUGAGGAAUCUAUUGGCCUGGCCACUCUAGAUCAACUCAGUAAUCUUGGUAGUGGGAGUUUAGAUAGAGUUUUUUCGCCAGGCAAGCUUAGUAGACGUAGUAGCAUUGGGAGUGUCAGCUUCACUCCUUCAAAUGCCAUCGGUGAGAGCCCUAAACAAAGCUUGGAAUCAACUCUUGAGUCCUUAGAAGCCGAAAUUUCAGAAUCCCAGGCCAAAUGCUCUGUGCUUAUUUCAGAAUUAAGCCAAAUUGACAACUCAAAACUGGCCGAAAUUAAACAACUAAAUCAGAAGCUUGAAAGCAUGCAAACAUUAUUGACUCGAUUGAGAUCUCUUGUUUAAAUCAGGCUUUUUGUUUCGUCAAGCUUAAUGUUGAGGAACAUUUAGUAGUCUUCUGAUUUGUGUCCAAUUCUUUUUUGUAAAUAUUUAUUUUUCUUGAUGAGUGUAUGUAUACCUACAGCAAUAAGUUUGGGUUGUGCUCGCCCUUAAAAUUUUGUAUCCUCUUUCUAUACCAGUAUGUAUCAUUUGGACAGAAGAAAUGGGAGGUCAGGUUGUGCAAUCAGUGUCCCAUGUAAAUGUUAUAUAUUAACUUUGGUCAAGACCUUAAUUCAUAUGUGCAAGUUGUAAUUUUGACUUAUAUCUUCUAAUCAAGGAAUGAAUUUAUGGUUCUUUGAU